UCUCUCUCUCUCUAGAACGCAGCAGAGACGUUAGAGAGAGAGAGAGAGAGUAGUACGAGACCGAUCAGAUAUGGCGACGAACAUUGGAAUGAUGGACUCGGCAUAUUUCGUGGGCAGAUCAGAGAUCUUGGCUUGGAUCAACUCUACUCUGCAACUCAAUCUCUCCAAAGUCGAAGAGGCAUGUUCCGGUGCGGUUCACUGCCAGUUGAUGGAUGCGGCUCAUCCCGGAAUCGUGCCAAUGCACAAAGUCAACUUCGAUGCCAAGAACGAGUACGAGAUGAUUCAGAACUACAAAGUUCUUCAAGAUGUCUUUAACAAAAUGAAGAUUACCAAGCACAUUGAGGUGAACAAAUUAGUGAAAGGAAGGCCCUUGGAUAAUCUGGAGUUUAUGCAAUGGAUGAAGCGGUACUGUGAUUCGGUUAAUGGAGGGGUUCUGUACAGUUACAAUCCUUUGGAAAGGAGAGAGACUUCAAAAGGUGGAAAAGAAGUGAGCAAGAAAUCUGCACCAUCACAAUCUAACACAAAGUCUUCGGCAACUGCCCCCAAAACUCAGACCUCUCAUAAUGCUCGAAGGAAUGAUGUCAACACUGUGAAUCAAUCUGUAAAGGCAUCUUCUAGACCUUCUUCUAGUGGAGGGCCUGCAUAUGACGAACAGAUCACAGAGUUGAAGUUGUCAGUGGAUAGUCUAGAGAAAGAAAGGGACUUCUACUUUGCGAAGUUGAGGGAUAUUGAGAUCUUGUGCCAGUGUCCUGAGAUUGAAAAUUUGCCUGCUGUUGAAGCUAUAAAAAGGAUAUUAUAUGCUACAGAUGAUAGUGCAUCGGUGGUUGCUGAAGCUCAAGCCAUGAUAUCCAAGCACCGGAACGAAGCUGUGCUGUUGAGCCCCAUUUCUGAGUUUCCAGAAGAUGAGCCAAAGCUAGAUACUCAGAAGAGGAAAAAUAUUAUCAAUGUUGAUGUUGAUCAUGCUGCCAACACUACAUUGUCUCCUAGGCAAAAGAUUUCUGAUGUUUCCGAUGUCCAUUGCAGUGGAUCUCCCCUUCUGACUUAUUGAUUGUGUCCUUAUUUUGAGGAUGAAAAACAUGAUUUUAUCCUAUUUACAAAGCAAUUCCCAGUUACCAUCUUGCCCAUUUAUCCUUGUAAAUGGUAGUCGUGUCAAAAUUGACUAUUAGUUCCAGGGCUAUGAGACUUCAUAGUUUACAAUAUGUACUUGUGUUGUCUGUUGACUAGGUAUAGUAAUAAUAUCCUAUCCGCUUGAGGACUUGGUUGAACUUCUGUUGUGAGAACUUCUAGAUAGUACAAUCGCCUUCUUAGCUCACCUGCUUGGUGUACAAUCUAAGGUUCUGUUGUAUUACUAUGAUACCCAUCACUUGGUCUUCUAGAUCUGUAAGAGCUGGGUUUUUGAACAUCAUCUGAUUGAUCUAUGGAUGAGACAAUGGGUUAGUGUAUAAGAUUUCAUAUGGAAAACAUUUUUGGUCA